CACAAGUUUUAUCAUUAUCUUUCCUCAGAUACAGUACUUUUCAACUCACAUUUUGAGUAACUAUGGUCAAAACCAAAUCCAUGACAUCUCUCCUCUUGUUACUACUCCUCUCUCCCCUCUCCACCGUCACAUCCUCCAGCGCCGCUUACCCCACUAUCCCUGGCACGACGGACACCUCGGUCUCAGCUUCACAAGACAGUAAACUUAUCCCAAUCAGACGUGAAGUGUAUGGUGAUGGGAGAAUAUUUGACAUUACUCACAAGUACAGAAGCGACCUGCCGUCUUUCGCCAAAGAAAACGGGCUAGGCAAGUUCUUGUGGCUCCGUGAAAGCAUGAAGAAUGGGUCCUCCGCCAACAUAUCGGAGAUGAAGUUGAUCACUCAUACUGGCACACACGUUGAUGCACCUGGACAUUACCAUGAUCAUUACUUCGAUGCUGGGUUUGAUGUGGACACUCUUGACCUUGAAGUGCUUAAUGGUCCUGGGCUAUUAAUUGAUGUUCCGAGGGGAACGAACAUAACUGCUGAGGUUAUGAAGUCCUUGCGUAUUCCUAAAGGAGUUCGUCGUGUUCUUUUCAGAACAGAAAAUACUGACAGGCGACUAAUGUUCAAAAAUCAGUUUGAUACAAGCUUUGUCGGAUUUACUACGGACGGAGCAAAAUGGCUGGUGGAGAACACUGACAUUAAGCUUAUUGGGAUCGAUUACUUGGCUGUUGCUGCCUGGAGUGAUGUGGUUCCAGGCCAUCUUGUCCUUCUGGAAAGCAGGGAAAUCAUCAUUGUGGAAGGCCUAAAACUCGAUGACAUCCAACCUGGAGUUUAUUCUAUCCACUGCUUGCCCCUAAGGAUACCUGGUGCUGAAGGAUCGCCAACCCGAUGCAUUCUCAUCAAAUGACAACUUUUCAUUGAAACAAUGAUUUCAGCCCCAGGGAGGUACUGAGUGGAAUAAAACAGUGCAAGAGAAGUCGAUCACCAUUCACCUGGCCCUGUGCCCUACUAUUUGGACUCUUGACUGCGGGAGAGAUACUAUAAAGAUGAUAUUAUACUUCGAAUACACUGUUCUAUGUAUGAUUGUGAUUAAUUAUUAAUGCUACUGGUAAUCAAAUAGCCUUUCAUAUAUAAUAGUAGUUGAUAUAGAGUUCGUUUGA